AUGCCUGCCGCAUAUACUCGAGACGAAACGCGUUGGCUAAGUACCCGUUUUGUCAAUCAUAUCUAUCUAUCUAUCUAUCUAUCUAUCUAUCUAUCUAUCUCUCAAAAGGACGAAACGCGUUGGCUAAUAUAUGUUUCCCAUUUGCCAAUCAUAUUGUUCUAUCUAUCUAUCUAUCUAUCUAUCUAUCUAUCUAUCUAUCUAUCUAUCACUGUCUGUUCACAUCUAUCUAUCUCAGUUUAUUCAUAUCUAUCUAUCUAUCUAUCUAUCUAUCUAUCUAUCUAUCUAUCUAUCUAUCUCUCAAAGUCUAUUUCUUUCUUUCUAUCUAUCUAUCUAUCAAUCUAUCUAUCUAUAUCUAUAUAUCUAUAUCUAUAUAUUUAUAUCUAUCUAUCUAUCUAUCUAUCUAUCUAUCUAUCUCUCUCUCUCUCUCUCUAUAUAUAUAUAUAUAUAUAUAUAUAUAUAUAUAGGACGAACGCCUUGGCUAAUAUAUGUUUCCCAUUUGCCAAUCAUAUUGUUCUAUCUAUCUAUCUAUCUAUCUAUCUAUCUAUCUAUCUAUCACUGUCUGUUCACAUCUAUCUAUCUCAGUUUAUUCAUAUCUAUCUAUCUAUCUGUUGUGUUUCAACACUAUCUAUCUAUCUAUCUAUCUAUCUAUCUAUCUAUCUAUAUCUAUCUAUCUAUCACGGUCUGUUCAUGUCUAUCUGUCUAUUUCAGUUCUUUCAUAUCUAUCUAUCUAUCUAUCUAUCAGAAAAUAUUUGA